AUGAAUCACCAAGCAGCUUUGACGCGAAAACAGUGUGACUUCACCAAGCUUAUUAUGGCUGGGUAUGACUUAGAAUUAAACAAUGGAAGUACACAAGAUUUCGAUGUUAUGUUUCAUGGCCCCAAUGGAACUGCCUAUGAAGGAGGAAUUUGGAAAGUUCAUGUAACCUUGCCAGAUGAUUACCCAUUUGCAUCUCCUUCAAUUGGAUUUAUCAACAAACUCUUACAUCCUAAUGUUGAUGAAGCAUCGGGAUCUGUGUGUUUAGAUGUUAUUAACCAAACCUGGACACCCUUAUAUAGUCUUGUAAACGUGUUUGAAGUAUUUUUACCCCAAUUACUUACCUAUCCUAAUCCAUCUGACCCCUUAAACAGUGAUGCUGCUUCCCUACUUAUGAAAGAUAAAACUAUUUAUGAAGAAAAAGUAAAAGAGUAUGUUAAAUUAUACGCAAGUAAAGAUUUAUGGGAACAGCAAAAAAAAGAUAAAAACCCGUCAAAAAUUAAUGGCAAUAUAUCACCUGUUAGUGAAUUAUCAUAUGCUGACCAAGAAAUUCAAGAUAUAGAUUUGGAUAACCUAUAA